AAUCUGAACGGAACGUGAGCGGUUCUUUUAAGCCCCCAAUUCGCUAUCUACGGUCCGGUCUUCGGUUUUCAACGGCACAAAAACCAAUCAAGUUCGCCAAUAAAAAAUAGUAAACAAAUACAUCGAAAGCGAUAAUAAUAUAUAUAUGCACAAAUAAAAAGAAAAACUAAAAAACAGAAAAGAAGAAAGAGGCAACAAUUGUGCGACAGUGGAACGCUAGCGGAAUUAUGAAAGAAUUGGCUUAAAAGCCACAAAGAGAGGCCCAAAACGCUAAGAGUGAGUUAGAAAGUGAAAACUGACGAGAACGGAGCGUAAAAAUGAACAGCGAUGAGGUGCAACUGAUCAAGAAGACCUGGGAAAUUCCCGUGGCAACACCCACAGAUUCUGGAGCGGCGAUACUGACAUUAUUCUUCAACCGCUUUCCGUCCAACUUGGAAAAGUUUCCCUUCCGAGAUGUUCCACUGGAGGAGCUAAGCACAAACCCACGCUUUCGAGCGCAUGCCGGCAGGAUAAUUCGGGUCUUCGACGAGUCCAUCCAGGUCCUGGGGCAGGAUGGCGAUUUGGAGAAGCUGGACGAGAUUUGGACCAAAAUUGCUGUCAGCCACAUUCCACGGGCCAUUUCCAAGGAAUCGUACAAUCAACUAAAAGGCGUUAUCCUGGAGGUGCUGACCGCCGCCUGCAGUCUGGACGAGAGCCAAGCGGCCACGUGGGGCAAGCUGGUGGACCACGUCUACGGCAUCAUAUUCAAGGCGAUCGACGACGAUGGCAACGCCAAGUAGAGGAGACACCUGCAGCAGGUGCAACCGAUUUCGGGAUGCACCUGAUUUCGGUGGUGGCAAUUGCAACACAUGCACAGCUUAUGUAGUUCUAAGUAAUUGAUAAAUGUUAGCUAUUCUCAUUUUGUAAUAAUGAAUGCGAAUGUCCAAAGCAAACAAACACACACUGGAAACUUAUGUCUGCGUAGAGCUACUCACACACGCACACCCCACACACAGACACAGACACUGACACACACACACACCCGCACUUGCAUUGCUCUGUAAAGCUUUAACCCAUUGUCAGCCUUAAGCACUUGAUAACAAAGGAAUAAAUGAAUUCAGCAGAGGAAAAAUAAAAAGCUUAUGAAUAAAAUCCAGUUUAAAAUCAAA